AGAGGAGCAUGACAGCCAACCCAACCACCACUGUCUCAAUCCAUUCACGAUUUUCUUUUUCUUUUUUCUUUUAAUUAUCACAUUAUUAUUUACACAAUCAUCAGUUUGUUUUUCCUUUAAAAUUUUAAUUUAACUCGCCGGAAAAGUCGUCGCCUUUUUCACCGGGAAAAUUUCAUCUCCUUAUCUAUCUCUUCUACUUCAGACAUAGUUUGACUGAAAUUGCAAUGAACAAGAAUUUGCUCUGAAUUUCAUUUUUCGGGCUUUGAAGAUUGGUGAGCUUUUGUGCUUUAGAAGAAUAGCAGAAUGGGAUGUGUUGGAUCGACGCCGGCCAAAGGAGACGGGAAUGCGAAAAAGAUUCGAAAGCCAAAACCAUGGAAACAUCCUCAGCCGAUAACAAAGUCUGAACUCGAGCAGAUGCGUGAUGAGUUUUGGGACACUGCACCUCAUUACGGUGGCCAAAAAGAAAUCUGGGAUGCACUUCGGGCUGCUGCUGCUGAACCUGAUUUAAGCCAGGCUCAAGUUAUUGUGGACUGUGCGGGGGUCAUAGUCCAAAAUACUGAUCUAACUAUCUGCUAUGAUGAAAGAGGUGCCAAGUAUGAACUACCGAAGUAUGUUUUGAGCGAGCCAACAAACAUGAUCCGAGAUAAUUGAAAAUAGAGAGAAUAUUGAGGGCAAACGUGUGCCAAGUUGAAUAUAAAUCAUGUAUAUUACUCUCUUCUUUGAAACCCUUUAUGAACUCAGGGUCAAUUGUGUGCCCUUUUCUAACUUGUGUUUACUUUCGAUUUUCAUUAGGUUACUGUAAGUUUCUAUA